UAUUUAUUUGAGUGCAACGCCAUGAGUCUUCAAAAGUCCGCGUCGUUUAGCUUGACUAUUAACCAAAACGCUGCGAUUGUUUCGCGUACCAAUAGUCGCACAAUUUGCGAAGCUUUCAAGGAUUUCAUGGAUUUUUGGGACAUCGGCAACGCAGUUUCCGCAGAGUCACCAGUUCUUGUCUCCAGCUACGGAGCUUCCAACUUGCCACAGAUUGUUGGCAACGAAUCCAACGUAUAUGGCCACCUGGCUACGCCUGUGGAUGCAGCCUCUGGAGGCUGGUUCACGAACAAUCUGGAAAUUUUGGCCAACAAUAAUUCUGAUGCCAAUAACAAAUUGAAUGCAUGCUACACAUUCAUCAGCCACAAGCGGUGAGCAAAUUCAAAACACGCGCUCCAAUCGAUAAA